CUCAGAUCAGAAUUAAGGAGGCAAAGUGAGUUGAUCAUGACAGACGGAAAUACGACAUCACCAACGCCCAAAGCCGGUAAAAAGGGGUUGAGAUGCAUCCGCUAAAGCCGCUUGCAUUUAUCUGCAACCUCAUAGCGGGAGCUUCCUAAUCUAUGCCUGAGCCGUGUUAUCGGAUACUGUGGGAGCUGCAGUAAAAAACCAGCCGCAGCGUUCCUACGAACUACAGCCUUUUUAUUAUCCUUGCUUUUGCUCUUCUCUUAGUCCAUUGAUAGUCGGAUCAGGGAUUUGUUAUACAGAAGUUCGCCAGCUGACUCACCUAUCGCUCAAAUGGCUACGAAGAUAGAUAAAGAUGCGUGCAGAGAGUCUUAUAACCUCGUCCGGGAUGAUAACAACGAUGUCAAUUGGGUUAUUUUUAAAUACGAUGGACACCUUAUUGUUCCCGAUUCACAAGGCACAAAUUACGAGGACUUUAAACUUCAUUGCACAAGUGACUGUAUUUUGUUCGGGUUUCAUCGAAUCAUCACUGGGGAUGCCAUGAGCAAACGUGCCAAGUUUGCUCUUAUCACCUGGAUUGGGGAUGGUGUUGCUGUGCUGCAGAGAGCCAAAGUCAGCACUGAUAAGAGUUUGGUGAAGGAAGUAGUACAGAAUUUCGCUAAGGAGUUUGUCAUCUGUGACCAACAAGAAUUGGCUGAGGAAUACAUCAAACAGGAACUAGAGAAAACUGGAGGAGCCAAUUAUGAUGCACAACUUGAAUGAAGUGUAUUAGCAACCUUCUACCUGCUGCUUGGCUAUAAGGAUGUGGGAAAAAAUUGGAUGGCUAUAUAGUUGCACCUCUACCCACAGCAACCCCCAAGGGACAUUGUAGUCAUUCAGCAUUGUGAAUGCCCUCUUAAAUUUAGUUUGGAGGUGCAUGUAAGAGUCCACCGGCACAGUCAAAAGCUUUUCAUCAGUUUAUUUGUUUGUUUUUGUUUCAAAUUGUGGUUGACACAAUUUUUCUUCCCAAAUGGUCCUAGGAGGAGAUUACUUAUUUUGUUUCAAUUUUUAUAUGCAAGUUUGCCAAGGCUCCUUGUUGUGGAAAGAUGUCUAUUGGAGGAGGUUUGGGGGUAAUAGAUGGUGGUGAUGCAUUCUCAAAUAAAUUUUUUCAAAAACAAAA